AUAUUAUGUUAUACUCAGGACGAGAGGAGCCUGUACAUGCUGCUCGAGUACGUGCCUGGCGGAGAGCUCUUCUCCCACCUCCGCAAGGCGGCCGCCAGCUACACCGCCACCCCCCACACACAGAGGGGCGCCGCUCGGGCGUGUCGCGGACGUGCCGUGAUGGCGGUGCAGCACUUGCACGGGAUCGGCGUCGUGUACCGCGACCUCAAGCCGGAGAACCUGCUGCUCGACGGGCGAGAUCCGGCCGAGAUCCGCCGAGAUCCGCCGAGAGAUCCGGCCGCACCUCCCCUCGCCUCCCUCCCUUCUCUCCUCGCCCUCGCCCGCGAGCGCGGCUUCCUCAAGCUGGUCGACUUCGGGUUCGCCAAGCGCGUGGCGGACCGCACCUGGACUCUCUGCGGCACGCCCGAGAUCGCCCGAGAUCGCCCGAGAUCGCCCGAGAGGACCGCACCCGCACUCUUCCGGCGCCCCCUUUUCUUUCCCAGGCACAACUUUGCGGUCGACUGGUGGGCGCUCGGCAUCGCGGGCUACCCCCCCUUCUUUGACGACUCGCCCUUCGGCAUUUACCAAAAGAUCCUCGCGGGGAGGCGCGACACCAUCUACAGGAGCCGCUCACCUCGGCUCGCAUCGGCUCACCUCGGCUCUCCUCGGCUCCCCUCGGGCAGGCACGAGUGCCCGCGCCACUUUGAGCCCACCGCCAAGGAGCUGAUUCGCAAGCUCCUCACCGCCGACCGCACAAAGCGCAUCGGCAGCACGAAGAACGGCGGGGGCGCGGAGGAGAUCAAGAAGCAAAAGUGGUACCGCGGGCUCAACUGGGCGGCGCUGUACAACAAGACCAUGGAGCCGUACAUUGCGCCGGACGUGUCCUCCAGCGACGACACUUCGCACUACGAGAAGUUUGCAGACUCGAUCGAGGAGUCGGGUCCGCUCCUCGCCAUUACCAAGGACACCGCUCUCUUUGGGUCGUUUACCGGGGCCUUCGGGUCCAUUUAG